CUACCUUGCCCCAGAUUUCUACCUUCUCAGUCCUUUGGGGCACCUGAUAGGUAGGCUGUCCUUGGCUGAGACCUCCAAGCCCCCUGGCCUCCAAGUCCUGCUUGCUCCCAGGCCACCAUAUGUAGGGUGGGCAGACUUGCAUAUGGGCUGUGGAAGGGUCCAGAGCCAUGGAGCUGCAGGCAUAGGCUAUUCUCCUCCCUGUGGUUCUUCACUGGAGGUGCUGGAAGCCGGUGUACAGAGGGCAGCCUCAGAGCCCUGAGAGGCAGCUACCAGAGCCAUGAGCUACAGACAGACAACCUUCUACAGUCGCAGCAGCUGCGGGGGUGGCGGGGGCAAGCGCUCUUCCAGCAGCCGCUUCAGCUCCUCAGGGUCUGGGGGAGGUGGAGGCUACUUCAGCUCUUCCAGCAGCUAUGGCGGUGGGACCUGUGGUCGAGGAGGAGGAGGCAGCUUUGGGUCCAGCUAUGGUGGAGGAUCUGGGGGCGGCAUGAGCGGCGGUAGUUUCAGCAGUAGCUUUGGUGGAGGUUCCCAGGGCCUCAGUGGUGGUUCAGGGAUGUGUGGAGGUUUAGGGGGGUCUGGGGGCUUUGGGGGUGGCUAUGGUAAUGGCUCUGGAGGAAGCUAUGGAGGAAACUAUGGGGGGUCUGGGGGCUUUGGGAGUGGCUAUGGUGGUGGCUCUGGAGGCUUCGGUGGUGGUGUAGGAGGCACUGGUGGCAUUUUGGAUGCUGAUGAGAAGACCACUAUGCAGUCCCUCAACACCCGACUGGCCAGCUAUUUGGAUAAAGUGCAGUCACUGGAGGAAGCCAAUGCUGACCUGGAGCGAAAGAUACGGGAUUGGUAUGACAAGCAUGGACCCAAGAAUGUCCAGAAGGAUUACUCUCCUUACUACAAGACUAUCGAGAAUCUCAAGAAAGAGAUCAUGGGUAUAACAGCAGAAAACAACAAAACCCUGGUGGACUUGGACAACACUCGGAUGACACUAGAUGACUUCAGGAUGAAGUAUGAGAUGGAGCAGACCAUACACCACGGAGUGGAAACAGACAUCAAUGGCCUUCGAAGGGUGCUGGAUGACCUGACCAUCUAUAAGUCAUACCUGGAGAUGCAGCUGGAAUCUUUGCAGGAGGAGCUGAUGGCCCUAAAGAAGAAUCAUGAGGAUGAGAUGAACCAGCUAACUGGCAUGAAUUCUGGAGAUGUGAGUGUGGAGAUGAACGCAGCACCCAGCAGAGACCUCACCCAGACCCUCAAUGACAUGCGCCAGGAAUAUGAGCAGAUUAGUGCCAAGAACCGCAGGGCCAUUGAGGAGCAAUAUGAGGUUCAGAUGGAACAGCUACAGCAGCAGGUGAAGAGCAGUAGUCAGGAGAUUGACUCCAGCAACAAAGAAGUGACCCAGCUACGGCACAGCACCCAGGAGCUGGAGAUUGAGCUGCAGUCUCAGCUGAGCAUGAAAUCGGCGCUGGAGAAGUCCUUGGAAGACACCAAGAACCGUUACUGUGGUCAGCUACAACGGAUCCAGGAGAAGAUCAAUGCCCUGGAGGUCCAGCUGGCUGAGGUCCGGGCAGAGACUGAGUGCCAGAACCAAGAAUACAGCAUUUUGCUCGACAUCAAGACUCGGCUUGAGCAGGAGAUUAAGACCUACCAGAAACUCCUUCAGGGUGGCCAGGAUGACUUUGAUUCCAGUGGAGCUGGACAAAUGGGUGUGGGAAGUGGCAGAGGUGGUCAUGAAAGAGGACCCAGGAGAGGUAGUGGGGGCAGCUAUGGUGGAGGAAGUAGCUCUGGAGGAGGUAGUAGGGGCGGCUAUGGUGGAGGAAGUAGCUCUGGAGGAGGUAGUAGGGGCGGCUAUGGUGGAGGAAGUAGCUCAGGAGCAGGUACUGGAGGCAGCUAUGGUGGAGGAAGUAGCUCUGGAGGAGGUACUGGAGGCAGCUAUGGUGGAGAAAGUAGCUCUGGAGGAGGUAGUAGGGGCAGCUAUGGUGGAGAAAGUAGCUCUGGAGGAGGUACUGGAGGCAGCUAUGGUGGAGGAAGUAGCUCAGGAGCAGGUACUGGAGGCAGCUAUGGUGGAGGAAGUAGCUCUGGAGGAGGUAGUGGGUCCAGAGGAGGAAGUGGAUCUGGAGGUGGAAGUGGAUCUGGAGGAGGAAGCAGUGGUAACUAUGGAGGACAGUCAUCUCAUCCUCAUGGACAGUCCCAGUCCUCAUCCUCAAAAUCUGGUGACUGUGAUGAAUCACAAGGCUACCAUACACGGUACUAGAGCCCCUCAAAACUCUCCCAGUCCACCCCCAGCUAAGAAUUCACCAGAAGGACAUACCCUAGAAGUCUGCUUAUCACAUCCUGACAUCUGGAGCAUCUGGCUGCGACCCCUGGUGAAGAGUCUGAAAUGGGCUGGCAGGGCUCACAUCCCCCUGUCUGCCCUUGGCUCCCUCCCCUUGCAGGGCUGGGAGAUCUCUUCCUCAAUCUGGUCUGGGGUUGACUCCACUCCCUGCCUGAUGUCCAUUUCCUAAUAAAGCUUUCCUACUGCAAACCAAA